AGCAGACCUCGCGUUUAUCGCUGGCUAAUUCGCGAGACGUGGUGCCGGUAAUAUUUAAUAGAAAAUAAGGCUCGUUAUCUCUUCGUUUUCAGUUAAUGACAGAAUAUCGCGCAGAACUGGUCUUUGGGCUGCAAAGGAGAACACGAUCGAGUGAAUUUGAGAAUACUGCGGAAAAGCAAAUAAUACAGGACAAGCAGGCAGGCUAGUCGAGGCACUAGCUUGUCAGGCUACUAGGGGAAAUUUAGCGGGCUAACCAUUUAGCGGCUAGUUAUGUCUUUUCGCCGACAGAAUCAACCUGGACCCGGCGCCCGUAAAACAUCCAAUGGAACUUCAGGGUCCUUGACUUCGACAGUUUCGGGGAGCAACGCUAACAGACCCACCCCGGGAAGAAGCAGAAAUUCUGUGAAGACUCCUUCACCGUCAUCAUCUGUUUUUGAGGGUGUGUACAACAACUCCCGGAUGCUCCAUUUUCUCACAGCUGUAGUGGGCUCCAGAUGUGACGUUUUGGUGAAGACUGGCAACGUUUAUGAGGGAAUCUUCAAGACUUUAAGCUCACGUUGUGAACUGGUAGUGGAUGCAGUGCACAAGUUGAAAAAUGAGGAGGGGGAUGGGGGUGGUGGUGGUGGCACACCUGUCCAUCCCAGGAGAGAAGAGAUCACAGACACCAUGAUCUUUAGCCCUAGUGACUUGGUCACCAUGACCUGUAGAGAUGUGGACCUCAACUACGCCACACGAGACACUUUCACAGACUCUGCGAUUGGCUCAUCCCGAGUAAAUGGUGACCACAGAGAGAAGGUCCUUCAGAGGUGGGAUGGAGGUGACAGUAAUGGAGAAAAUUAUGAUCUCGAGGCAGAUGCAGCUAAUGGUUGGGAUGCCAGCGAGAUGUUCCGCUUUAAUGAGGAGACCUAUGGGGUGAAAUCCACCUAUGACUCCAGUCUCUCCAUGUACACGGUUCCUUUAGAGCGGGGCAGUUCGGAGGGUUUCAGGCAGCGAGAGGCUCGAGCUGCUCGGCUGGCCACUGAGAUUGAGGCUAGUACACCGUACCGGCACAGGGUGUCACUGGAGAAUGAUGAGGGAAGAACUGAUGAGGAAAGAUACAGUGCUGUGGUGCGGGACCGGGACGGAGGAGAAAGAGAGAGGGGAAGAGAUAGCCCUGGAUUCUCCAGCGCUGGGAGCAGGGAGGGCAAAUACAUUCCUCUGCCCCAGCGGGCAAGGGAAAGAGAGAUGGGAGUUUCUGGAAGAGGUGAGAGAGGUGGAGCUGUAUCCACCCUUCCCAAUCGAACAAAUAGACCUGGCUCCUCCCCCAGACCCCACGCCUCAGGCAGCAGUCAGCCCAAUCCUCCCACUGAUAGGAGUAGCCCUCUGUCUGUCAGAGGAGGAUACUCUACACACCAUUCCCAGGGCAGCCCACCUAUACAGCCCAGCCCCUCUGAGCCUGGUCACUCCAGCCCCCCUUUCCCACACACACUCCCGCAUUCACUCUCACACCCGCAGUCACUCUCUGAUUCGGCCCGGCCUGUCAAUGGAGUGUCCUCGCGAAUGUCACCCAAGUCUCCAAGACCUGGACAGAGCAUUAGAAACAUGCGUACCUCAAACUCACACUCCUCCCCUACAGUCUCUCGUUCCCCUAAACCAGAUGCUCCUUCCCUGGAACCUCCUCUGUCCACCCCUGCCUCUUCAGUUACCAUGGUGACCCCCAAACCCACUGGCCCCACCCCUUUGUUCCCUGUAGAUGUGAAUGAGAUACUAUCUAAGGAAAGGACGAAGAGUCCAGCUAGUCCUCAGGAUGGCAAGAACAUCAAAGUCCAGCAGAGAGAACGCAUUGAGGAGCUCCGUAGGUUUUGUAAUGAUUUUAGGCUUCCGUCUAGCUCCACCCCUUCCAGCCCCAACACUUCAACCACGCCCACUGACUCUGCCCAACCAAACCCCGCCCACAACACACAAACAGACCCCGCCCCUACUACAGAAUCUAAAUGUGCCAUGACCCCAACCUCAGCAGAGGAGAGAAGUAGAGAGACAAGUACCGAGGGGGCAGCAACCACACCCCCUCCAUCAGCCACAUCCAUCUCUGCAACUUCUGCCCUGUCUGGACCUGCCAUGCAAAAUCCAAUUGCCGAAGGGCAAUUGGUAGGGACGCCCCAGCCUGCGAGGACCCCAAGCAGUGAGGAGGGCAAGCCAGAAACAGCAGAGAGAUCAGAGGGCAUGACUGAUCAAUUGAAGAAAUUUACGCUCAACCCCAAUGCCAAAGAGUUCAACCCCACCAAGGCCUCACUCAGUAUGGUGAAGCCCUCAGCCACUCCCACCCCACCACGGCCAACCCCGCCCAGCCCCACAGUGGUGCUACAGCCUCCACCAGGCCAGGGAGCCAUUUACACCCAGUACCUGAGCUACGUCUCGCCUAUCCAGAUACAGGGUCACUCUGUACAGGCACCUCAGAUGUACCCGUAUGCCAUGACAACUGUCAGUCAAGGGAAGUACCCAAGAACUAAAGGUUCAUUGGUGAACCCUCGUCCAGACCACAGCUCUUCAGCCCCUAUGAUGCAGGCAGCUGCAUCAGCAGCAGGACCUCCUCUGGUGGCCUCUCCAUACCCUCCCUCAUAUCUUCAGUAUAACCAGGUCAUACAAGCCAUGCCGCACUACCAUGGACAGAUGUACCCCAUGCUUCAGGGUGGACCACGGAUGUUGGGAUCAGUAGGGCACCCACAGGCAAUGGGUCACCCUGGCCCCCAGUAUCCUGGUCAGAAUGAGGGACCACCAGCACCUCAGCAGGGCAUGUAUGCUCCACAGUCGUUCUCUCAUCACUCUGGUUCCAUGCAUCCCCCUCAGCCCUCCAGCACCCCCACUGGCAGCCAGCCUCCCCCUCAGCACCCCAACCCAAGUCCAGGACAGUCUGGUCAGUCUGGGCCUCAGUCUCUGUACCACUCUGGGCCACUGUCAGCCCCCACACCCCCUGGUCACAGCUCCCCGCAGGCUUCCUUCUCCCUUCAGGGCUACAGUCUGCCUGGACACCAACCCCUGCCUCACCCUUACUCCUCCAUUGGACAGCUUACACAGGCUCAUGUUGCUGGUGCUCUCUCUGGUCCUCACCACUCUGGAGGUCACGGCCCACCUCCAGUGAUGUUGCUCCAUGCACCACCUCCCCAGCAGGGUUCUGGACCCCAGCACGGUCCUCCCCCACCCCAACAGGGACCCCACCAGCACUACACCUACAUUGGACCACCUCAGGUCUCUGUGCAGGCUCACCCUCCUCAGCAGAUUCCUUUCCACCCUCCUGGAAACUGACAGUGACUUGAUGAUUGAAACAGAGCUAGACCGAGAGAGACGCUCUGUAGAGUGUGUGAUCACACUCUCGUAUGUACAUACUCCCCACCCGCACCAAGAAUGAAAAAAAGAUUUUGUUUUUAUUCAUACCUCUGGCAAGACUGAAUGUCCUUGUUUUACUCUUUAAUUUUUUUAUUUGAGCAGACACAUGGUGUCUAAAGCAGAAAGAGGGCGUGAGUGUGUGUGAGAGCCAAUAAAAGAAUGAGGAACAUUUUUAUAAAAAAUACUAUGAACUCUCCCUUUGUUCUCAACCCCAUUAUUAAAUAAACAAAUAGUUAAAAAAGGAAAAAAAAUACAAAAA